CAGAGCCCUCCGCACCAGUCGUCAAGGGAGAAAGCAGAGAGCACGCCGCCCACCUAACGAGACUCCCCCUGCACCUACGACCUGCGCCGAACGCCAUGUCCUCCUCCUCCUCCUCCUUGAUGGGCGGCUCCCUCGCGCUCGCCGCCGCAACCGCCGUGGCGUUCUCCGGCUCCCUCGUCGUCUUCUCCUUCUGCCGCGCGCACCUCUGCCACGCCGCCGGGCCUUCUUCUCCUUCGGCGCUCCGACCCUGCCUCUCUUCGUCCUCAGAGAAGCGGAAGGCGGCGCGGCGGAAGGGAGAGAAGCGGGUGCGGUUCGCGGAAGACGUCGUCGACAAUGAGGGCGCCGCGCGCCCGACCAGGGCGUCCCCAGCGGCUGCUGCCGGGGCGACAUGCAGGGGCGCGGCGGAGGAGCGGAUGCCGCCGAACCGGGAGGCGCUCUACCGCGGCAUGCUCCGCGACCGCUCCGCGCACAGGGUCACGUGCUCCUACUGACCGAAGCCUCCACGCCGGCAGGCUGCCAUGCUCUGUUCGUCCGGAGAGCUUGAUUAUUUAGUUUUCUUGCUUUUUUUUUCUCUCGUGUCUGGAUUGUUAAUAGAUCUCUAGUAUUUUAUUUUCUUUAUUUUUCUUUUGUAGAUUAAUCUCCUUUUCUUUUUUCGUUUGAGCGAGGAAGCUCCGCUCUGUAAAUAUGCUGCCAUUUUCUCGGAAGGGAGAAAAUUUGAAAGUUUA